UAUUAAGCAUGUUGAUUUAAAAAAAAAACGUGGUGAACAACAUUUAAACAACUAAAUUAUUAUUUGUAGGGUACUGUUUUUUUAAUAAGUUUAAUUAUAAUGGAUAUAUUUGAAAUUAUUAUUGGAAGUUACGAAUCGUUUGUAAUUGGAGUAAAAUUUCGUUUAAUAAAUGAGAAAUGCAAGGAAGUCGAACUCGUUCAAUCAUUUAAUGAUCAUGUUCAUCAAGCAAGUAUUAGAGCUGUUGCAUGUUCAUCAAAAUAUAUGGUGUCUAGUAGUACAGAUGAGACUGUUGAAGUUUAUAAUAUGGUUAAACGUUGUCAUAUACACACUAUACUGCAGCAUAGUGGUACAGUAACAUCAUUGAGUUUCACUCCUGACGAGUCACAUUUGAUAAGCACCAGUGAAGAUGGUUCCAUUGCUAUUUAUGAAACUGGAUCUUGGAAAUUAAAAAAACUUUGGGAUAAAGCUCAUAAAGGAUCAGGAGUAUCUUGUCUAGCAGUUCAUCCUAGUGGAAAAUUAGCUCUUUCUGUUGGAAAAGAUAAAACAUUAAGAACGUGGAAUUUAGUUAAAGGUAGACCAGCUUAUACCACAAAUCACUCAAGUUUGGGUGCUUAUUAUUUUUUUGAAAAAAUUAUUUGGUCACCAAUUGGACAAUAUUAUGCAUUACCUCUUAAUACUAAACUUAUUAUAUACAGUGUAGAAACAGCUGGAAUUAUAUUUAAUAUAGAAUGUGAUCAAAAAAUACAUGGAACUAUAUUUUUAAGCGAAAAUUUAGUUUGUUUUGGUACUGAAAAUGGAUUUUUAAAAUGUUACGAUAUAAUUAAAAAAGAAAAAAUAUGGGAUAUGAAAAUUGGAGACAUUAGAGUGAAAUGUUUAAGCAAAGUUGAUGAAUGGUUCAUAACUGCUCUCAGUGAUGGUCAUAUAACUGUAUGGGAACUAAAACCUAAUAAAAAACCAGUAGAAAGAUGUUCCAUAUUUUUGGAUUGUCGUGUUACCUGUAUGGCUUAUAGUACAUCUCAUAGUAAACAAGAUAUUAAAAAUGAGUCUGAAGAAGAAUGUGAAGGGAAAGAUGAAAUAUUAGAAUCUAAAAUAAUUGUUAAUUUGAAUAGUGAAACUCCUAAAUCUAAAUUAAAAAGAAAAAUUCAGUCUAAUAGUAGCAAAAAGAAAAUGAUGAAAUCUAGUUUAAAAAGAACAUAUAUAAGUCAAAGUUGGAAUUAGUUGAUGUAUACGAAUUAGUAAAACAGCUAACAACAUACACAUUCGAUCCAAUGCCAUACCAGGUGCAAUAAUCUCUUUAGAUUCUUGUUUAGGAGAACAGGACUCUUCGUGAGUAAUUAUUUGAGUUUUAGUUUUAAAGUACGAAUUACAUUUUAUACAUAAAUAUGGUUUGUCAGUUUUAUGUAUAGUCAACAUAUGUUUUUUUAAAUGUGGUAGUUGUGUAGAGGCUGUAUUUGUACACACUAAAUAUUUGAAUGUUCUUUUUUAUAUGCGUAUAGA